AUGGACGAAGGCGGAGGCACCUCACUUCUUCAAAGAAUCACAACGACAGCUUCUGAAAUCCUAAUAAGAAAUUCGAAUGAAUUCGAAAAUUCGAUAAAGACGACAACAACAAAUCCGGCGAUUGAGGAAGUGUAUCAUAUACACUAUUUGACACCAACUAUGAAGAUGCUGUGUAUCUUGUUCUACAGUAUCCUUUGCGUCUUAUGUGUCUAUGGAAAUGUGUUGGUGAUUCUCGUUAUUGUCUACUUCAAACGAUUACGAACCGCGACGAAUAUUUUGAUUUUGAAUUUGGCAGUUGCUGACCUCCUAAUCUCGGUAUUCUGCAUUCCAUUCAGCUACUGGCAAGUGCUAAUCUUUGAUGAUCAACGAUGGCUCUUCGGCUCCAUGAUGUGCUCUCUCCUAGCAUUUCUUCAAGCAAUGGCUGUAUUUUUAUCAGCCUGGACUCUUGUAGUAAUCAGUUUUGAUCGUUGGAUGGCAAUUAUGUUCGUCUUAACCCCAUCAAUCCGAAUAACCAAUCGACGAGCCUUGUACCUGGUAGCCGCCACGUGGAUUUUCAGUAUUCUUAUGGCUCUACCCCUUCUGUUUACCACUCGAUCCUUCGAAAUAACCGAAGGAAUUGAGAAUUGUGGUGAGAAUUGGACAUAUUUCGGAGAUGCUGGAGAACAAGUCCGGAAGGUGUAUUCGACGAUGGUGGUCAUUCUACAGUACAUUGUACCACAGGCGGUUCUUAUCAUCACUUAUACCCAUAUUGGCAUCAAAAUGUGGAAUAGUCGAGUGCCGGGAAUGCAGAAUGGGGCGACGAAGAAGAUGAUUGUGGAUCGGCAUGAGAGUGUGAAGAAGCUGGUCCCAAUGGUAAUUCUCAUCUCAGCCCUCUUUGCUCUCUGCUGGCUUCCAUUGCUCAUCCUGAUCAAUGUGAUUCCAGAAUUCUAUCCAAAUAUCAACAGUUGGGAAUAUAUUCUCUAUUUGUGGUGGUUUGCCCAUGGGCUCGCCAUGCUUCACUCCAUCGUCAAUCCAGUGAUUUAUUUCAUUCGAAACGCCCGUUUCCGAGAGGGAUUCUGUUAUUUCUCAUCAAAAUUAUUGCCAUGUGUCGUUUUCAAAGAAUUCCGACUUUUAACGGAUAAUAGCAAGAGUUUCCGAAAUCGUUCUCGUUUCUCUGGCGUCAUAAACCCGGCGUCGUGUGAUGAAAAAUCUGCUACACCGUCUUCGCGACAUUCACGAGGUGGAGGCCUUGACCGGCAAACAUUCCGUUCGGCUCGUUUCUUCGAAGCACGACCGCUUGUCGUCGUCCGAAAUCACUCUGCCAAUUCUCUCGCGUAG